AUGCAGGAAAGCCAGAAGAAGGAGCUCGCCUAUCUCACUGCGCCGAAAUAUAAUCAUUACUCAGUCAAUGACCUCCCGAACGAACUGCUAGCUGCCGUUUUUGUCAUCGUGCGGGAUGCUUGUAUCGAGGACGAGGCCGAACAUGGUGUCCCAGGAUGGGCCGUCUCCCUGACGCACACCUGCUCACGAUGGAGAGCUGUGGCGUUAGCGACUCAACUUCUAUGGACGCUGGUCCCGAGGCACAUUAGCCUGACCUGGCAACAAGUAUUCAUCCAACGAGCAGGCGAUGCACCACUUGGGCUAUCAUUGCACUUUCCUGCGUCGGCAAACUCGCUCACGACUGGAGUGAUGAUACACCGGACCGCCGUUGCAUGCCUCAUGGUGCAGAAGAACUUACGGCGCAUGACCGCGCUGUGGUUGUUAUUCGACUCCUUAGACUUCUACCCCGCGAGCUGGUCGCAAUUCCUCGGUGUACCAGCCCCGGAACUCCGUGCCUUCCGAAUGGACGCCGUAGACGCCCAGGCAGUCGAGCUUCCACGCGACCUAUUCCAACGACACGCACCAAAGCUCAAGUCCAUCAAUCUGGACAAUAUAUAUUUCACAUGGCCGUCGCUGGCCUUCCCCGAGCUCAGUAUGCUCGAGAUCAACCAUUCGGAUGGGCUCAGCGGAGAUCGCGACAGCGGUAUGGGCACCCAUCCCGAGCUUCUGAACUUGCUCGCGGCUCUUCCGAAGCUCCAAUGGCUCGAACUUCAUGGAUUUCACUACUCGCCGUCACCGUCGAAUUCGUUCCCGUCAGAAACAGUGUCCUUACCGCAGAUCAAAGUUGUCCGGCUCCAUGCCGCCGGGGAGCUUGUCAUCCGCCUUCUGCAAAACCUACGCCUUCCCUCCUCCGCCAAUAUCUUCCUGGGGUUAACCUCAACCCCCUCGUUAGUCGCUGAGCAUCCAGAGUCCGUCGUCCGCUAUCUCAAGGCUUACUUCCACGCCCCACCGUCAAUGACGAUAAAAUUCGCCGCAGACGAAUUCUGCAUUCAGUUGAUGAGGGUGCCCACGUCUUUCCUCAGAAGAUACAGCGCCUUGACAUCUGCACCUCUCACCAUCGAAUACAAGCGCCCUGAAUUCCUGUACUUUCGUUCAUUCGCACACCUGGCCUACACAAUCGUCAAAGACGGCCUGACGUUUUCGCAUUUGACGUCGCUGCAUGUUGAAAGCGCACUUGCGGAUGAAGAUCCAUUGGGAACCUGGACGUCGAUCUUGCGGUAUGCGUCAGCUUUGGAGCGCUUGAGCUUGAAAGGGACCGCUAUACCGGAGAUAUGCCUAGCGCUGUCGGCUCCUAUCGGCGAAGAGCGUACGGAAGGGGAGCGCGCUACAGAGAAGGAGCCAUGCUAUCUCCUGCCGUCGCUACAGUGGCUCAGCCUUUGGGAUGUCUCCUUCGACUCGCUCGUGGAUGUCGCCAAGAGAGACCUGGACACGAUCUACUGGGACAUCCACGGUGCCGUUGCGCGCGAUCCUGAUACGAUGUCGGAUCCGGAGGAAGAGCAAGCAGAUCUAUUGGAAUGGAUCUGGGACGAUGCCAGGUUCGACUGGAUCUCUGCGCUCAAAAGGCGGGCAGGUGGAUGGAAGAUUCUCAAAGAGAUCACACUGGAACAUUGCUCAGGCCUUCCUGAUUGGCACUGGGAGGAGUAUUUGUUCGGUGAAGCGGCGCUCAGAGUGUAUAGCGAUGCCGAUUAG